AUCUACACUAAUUUAGCGCUUAUUUCUGCAAAAAAUUGUAUAAUUCUUCUUUUUAUUUAAUCAGAAUCCGUCAACUAAACGUCAAACCGCACGUGAAGUUCCUGAAAAGUGAGGUUAGAAACAAUGUGUACUUUUUCGCUUCUCUAGGAUUGCCCCAACCGAAAAUCCCGUCGCAAGCGAAGCCAUGCCGAGCGCCGUAAUGGAAUGUCCGGACUUCAGCGAGUUUCAAGAGGCCCUCAAGUCGAUGCGGAGGCCGCACGAUAUCAUAAUAAACACCAUCAACGACGUGGUCCCCACGGGCUCGUUUCACAGCGACGAGGCCGCCGCCUGCAGGAGCCUCUACGAGACGCUCGAGAGCGGCAACGUCAAGCGGGAGAACUACAUCAAAAACUGCAUCACCAUCACAGCUGAUAACGUGAAAAAAUUGCGGGAAACCAGAGAGAAUAAUGCAGAUGAUACGCGGUUAUCCAAAGCGCUAAGGGCCGAGCAGACUAAGUUACGAAUGCUGCAAGUGGAGCUCACCGUGGAGGAUUUGCUGAAGGACCGAACCACCAAGGUGUUUCAUCAGAAAUGCGGGAAAUACUACAAGCCCUUAUGAGUUUACGAGAUUGAAUCUGGAUAGGUACGAGUAGUUAGAAUUUUUUUAUAAUGUGCUUUACAUUUUAGAUGAAUUGUUUAAUAAACGAUUGUUCCGUUGGGACGGUUUACUAUUUAGUUCGUGUUCUUGUUGUAAAUCUAAUCGACGGGAAAUUACGAAUAGUUUUUUGGGGCAUUGUACGCGAAUAAGCGGGACUUUGAGAUGCGUUCGAUGGU